UUUCCUUACACAGUGAAAGAAAUACGUGCUUGGUUUGGUUCCAUAUGUGAUUUGAUAAACUGCUUAAUUUUGAAAUCACUUAUAAAGGCAGAGAAGCUAUCAAAGAGAAGAGAAGUGUCCAAUGUGGUUUUGGAUUUUUCUGUAAGAACUGCAACCACGCACAGUCCACAGUUUCUUGGUCUGCAGCAGGGAGCUUUGGUUUCAAUCGGUGGAUUUGAAACUGCUGGAGAAGGAAUCACUAUUGCAUUUGUUGACACUGGCAUUGAUCCUACACACCCAAGUUUCGCUGAUGAUAAAUCUGAACAUCCAUUCAAAUUUCCUGCUCGUUUUUCUGGCACCUGUGAGGUUACUCCGGAUUUUCCAUCUGAUUCUUGCAAUAGGAAGCUUGUUGGGGCCCGUCAUUUUGCAGCAUCUGCUAUAACCAGAGGAAUGUUUGAUUCAAAUGAGGACUAUGCUUCUCCCUUCGACGGUGAUGGCCAUGGCACGAACACAGCUUCUAUUGCAGCUGGAAACCAUGGAAUUCCAGUGGUUGUUGCUGGGUAUCAUUUUGGUAAUGCUAGUGGAAUGGCUCCUCGCUCGCAGAUUGCUGUUUACAAGGCACUAUACAUGGGAUUUGGAGGAUUUGCUGCAGAUGUUGUUGCAGCUAUUGAUCAGGCAGCUCAAGAUAGGGUUGAUAUAAUAUGCCUGUCAAUCACUCCUAAUAUGCGUCCUCCCGGUAUUGCAACUUUCUUCAAUCCAAUAGACAUGCCAUUGUUGUCAGCUAUAAAAUCUGGUAUCUUUGUUGUGCAAGCUUAUGGAAAUACUGGACCAUCGUCUAUGAGCAUGUCCUCCUUUAGUCCGUGGAUUUUUACUAUUGGUGCCACCUCUCAUGAUCGACUUUAUACCAACUCGCUAUCUCUUGGAAAUAAUGUGACUAUACUCGGAGUUGGACUUGCACCUAGCACAUCUGAGAAUACAAUGUACAAAUUGAUUCAUGCACAUCAUGCUUUGAACGAUGACACAACAAUUGCUGAUGAUAUGUAUGUUGGUGAGUGUCAAGAUGCAAGUAAGUUCAAUAAAGAUUUGGUCCAAGGAAACCUCCUAAUGUGUAGUUAUACAAUGCGGUUUGUUCUCGGUCUCUCCAGCAUCAACAAGGCCUUAGAAACAGCCAUGAAUCUUAGUGCUGCUGGUGUUGUUUUCCCCAUGAAUCCUUCUGUCAACGGUUUUGAACUUAACCCAAUUCCAAUGAAAAUUCCCGGCAUAAUUAUUCCAUUAGCAACUGAUUCCAAGAUAUUACUAGAAUACUACAAUUCUUUGAUAGAAAAAGACGGUACUUCAAAAAUUGUUAAACUUGGGGCUUUUGCUAGCAUUAAUGGCGGACUAACGGCGAGCUAUAGUAAUGUUGCCCCUAGUGUUAUGUAUUACUCUGCAAGAGGACCAGAUCCAGAAGACAGUCUUCCUCAUGAAGCUGACAUUUUGAAACCCAUUCUGGUAGCUCCUGGAAGUUUAAUAUGGGCUGCUUGGAGUUCUGUUGUCACUGAUUCAGAUGAAUUUCUAGGUGAAAAUUUUGCAAUGAUGUCUGGCACAAGCAUGGCUGCACCUCAUGUUGCUGGUCUUGCUGCACUAAUCAAGCAAAAGUUUCCCAAUUUCAGUCCUGCUGCCAUUGGAUCUUCACUUUCCACCAUGGCAUCUCUGGAUGACAACAGUGGGAAGCCAAUAAUGGCUCAGCGGACAUAUCCCUCCCCGGACCUAAACAAAUCUCCAGCAACUCCCUUUGACAUGGGAAGUGGUUUUGUAAAUGCUACGGCAGCAUUAAACCCAGGAUUGUUUUUUGAUUCAAGUUAUGAUGAUUACAUGUCGUUUCUAUGUGGUAUUAAUGGUUCAGCCUCUGCAGUGGUAGACUACACUGGUCAGAAUUGUUGGAUUCAUAACUCGACUGUAUAUGGCUCUGAUCUAAACUUGCCCUCAAUCACUAUAGCAAGGUUGGACCAAUCUAGAGUAGUGCAGAGAACAGUACAAAACAUUGCUGGAAAUGAAACUUAUAGUGUUGGUUGGAGUUCUCCAUAUGGAGUUUCAGUGAAAGUAUCUCCAACUCGCUUCUCUAUCGCCAAUGGAGAGAGACAAGUCUUAUCUGUGAUCUUCAAUGCAACAGGCAACAGCUCUACUGCCAGCUAUGGAAGGAUUGGAUUGUUUGGUAAUCAAGGUCACAUAGUCAACAUUCCUGUGUCAGUCAUCGUUAAAAUCUCACUAUGAGAUAAUUAGCAUGGUUAGUGCAAAUUAUAAAUAUAAAUUUGUUAAAUACAUCUAAAUGCUACACAACCUGAGGGGAUGGAAAAGCGUGCACGUGUACCGAAUUGAAAUGUUUGAUGCGGAUUCCAUUGCAUUUGCUUACUUGUUUCGGUACAGAUUCAGGCUACAUCCAGCUCAAGUUGUGUUGACAGGGACACUAAACGUCAUAUCAGUGAUAAUUGUUGCCUAAAUGUACCAAGAACAAGAAAUCCAAAAUGCAAGUCAUCUAAUAGUGACACACUUGACAUUUUAUUAUCAGUAACCAGUUCUAGAUGCCUUUAAGGAUUGCUUCUUAGUCAGUCACAUUUCUUAAGCUGAACUUCCUUUGAGUGGUAAGAUGAUUCAAUUGUAUGAUGUAUGAAACUAUAUUUAGCUAUAUCACUGAUUCAAUUGUUAAUUCAAGUAAGCCAUGAACUUCUGAA